AUGUUUUGUGUGAGUAGUCAAUGGAGUAACUCUGCCUUGCGAGCGGCGAUGGUGUGCGGUUUGCUCGGUUACGACAGAGGCAUGGCCUACAGUGAGAUGGAAAGAGUUUUGUCAGAAGACGGAGGUAUGGUUGGAGGCGAUUGUCCCCAGGUCCGAGGUGACGGGGUGGUUCGAGAUGGAUCGACCAGAACAUCUCGAGAUGGAUCGACCAGAAAAUUUGGUCGACCAAGUAGGAUGUCGUUGAACCUGCCGGUCUCGGGGUCCUUGGUGUACGCGAGUGCAGUGGACCGUGACUGGAACUGUACGGAGGUCCGCAUCGCCCACAAAGGCGCCGCCCUGACAGUUAAGCCAGGUCCGGCCCACAGUCCUGGGGCCGAACCGAGUCGUCGGAGUCGAAGUCCGGGAUUAAGUCCGAAGACGAAGACUUCCUUCCCGUCUCUGUCUUGUUACUCGGUCGCUGACGAACCCGCUGGAAAGAAGACGGCUCAGCUGCCACUCAUGAGCGGGCUGACGGCAACCACUGCCGCGAAGAGGGGCGGGGUCCGCGAUGCCCCGCGCGGUGGGAAUUCGGCCGCCAGAACAACUACCCGUCCCGAUCGGCGCCGAGUGAAGGAGAGAACCUUCACGUGGAUGAACCUGUUCUUCGAAGACAAAGGUGCGGCGGAGAAGUCGGUGGCGAAGCCGUCGAGGUCGGUGGCGAAGCCGUCGAGGCUUGUCAAGACGUCAGUAGCGUUUCGGAGCCACCUCGUCAGGUCCAUACCCCUCGGGGAACUGAGGGAGUGGCUGACCAGGAACGUUUGGACGGAAGGGCUGGCCAUCCGAGUUCAAGGGGUGAUUCACGUGGACGUGCCGUCCGUAGACGUGCCGUCCGUAGACGUGCCGUCCGUAGACGCGGCGACGGAGGAAGUGGUGGAGUGGAACAAAAGGCAGUCGCUGGUCGCAUUCGCCACGUACGCCCUCGCGAGUAGUUACAAGGCGGCUCGGAAUCCGCGAAUGACCCAACAGGUGUUGAGGAACGCGCUACUGAACAUGUUCCCCGACGAGGACGCCGAGUGCCCUCUCACGGAAGAGCAGGUGGAGAAGGUAGUGGAGCAUGUAUUCACCACCGAGGUGAUACGCGACGUUCUAAGGGCGGCGUCGCAGUCCACAGAGCAGUCCGAGGAAAAGUGUGCGCUAGAUGAUGAGCCGGAUGAUGAGCCGGAUGAUGAGCCGGGUAAAUGGGCGGUUUGGAAGGUGGGGUUCGCGCCAUCUGCGGAGGUGCGUGGCCUGUGGAAUACGAAGCAUCCAAACUUGGGUCACUUAGCACCGGACAUUUAG